AUGUCGCUGCAAGAGAAACGCGAGAAACGCGUGUGCGGGCUGCCUCCGCUGCUCGGCAUGCUGCUGGUGGGCAUGGCGCUGCGGAGCGUCGCGAUCGUAGGCGACAGUGUCGACCCCAACUGGUCGUCCUCAAUCAGGAACAUAGCGCUGGUGGUGAUCCUGCUUCGGUCCGGUCUGGGCCUGGACCCUAAGGCCCUCAAGGCCAUGUCGCUCGUGGUCUUCAGACUCGCCUUCGUACCCUGUCUCGUCGAGACCACGGUCGUCGCUUUCGUCUCGCACUUCCUCCUCGACUUCCCUUGGCUUUGGGGCUUCAUGCUCGGGUUCGUUUUGGCUGCGGUGUCGCCGGCGGUGGUGGUGCCGUGCCUGCUGCAGUUGUCGCAGCAGGGCUACGGCGUCGACAAGGGCAUCCUCACCCUCGUCAUCGCGGCCGCCAGCAUCGACGAUGUUAUCGCCAUCUCAGGCUUCGGCGUCAUGCUCGGCAUGACAUUUUCUGAAGGAAAGCAAUGUAUGUUGGAUGUGCCUGGUUUUAGAUUGAAUUUAUCGGUGCUAAGCAUGGCGUUCAUUGCGGGCGUGGGGUUCAGGCGGCAAGGCUGGGGCGAUGACGACAACCCCGUGGGGCAGCACUGCAACGCCGCCUGGGGCUACCUACAGCCCAUGCUGUUUGCCCUCAUUGGCACAGAGAUACAACUGGACACCAUAGGGCUGGGGGUGGCGACGCUGUGCAUCAGCCUGACGUGUCGCGUGGUGACGACCUUCUUCGUGGUGCUCGGCAGCGGCCUGAACAUCAGGGAGCGAUUCUUCGUCGCCCUCGCCUGGCUACAAAAAGCUACUGUCCAGGUACUGACCAUCGCGGUGCUGGUGAUCUUGAUCUCGGUGCCCAUCGGGGCCAUCGCCAUCAUGACCUCCGCCCCCAGACUCCUGCAGCGUCCCGGUCAACUUCCGACAGCUGACGCCGUCUAAAAUCUUUAGUUCAAAGUUUUUCCUGAUAUUUUAACCUAAAUUCUUGUUAUUUCACUGUUUCUAACUUUGUGUGGCCCUGAUUCAAUCUCAUCUUUAUGGCCAACAUGAUGCUUAUGUUCCAUGAUUUUUAAAUGAAUCGUGUUUUAGUUUAUUGUUAUGUUGUUAUG